UGUCAUAAGUGUGUGGAUUUUACAUAUAUAUUGACAUACGGUGGUAACAUAUAAUUUACUACCUCAGACCAUUUGAAUUCAGUAUAAUACACAACCUUUGUUAAGAAUGUCUAUCCGAUCCGCUGCCUAUAACCACGAUGAAGAUAUCCUUCUAUGUAGGGUUUAUAUCGAAACUUCUGAAGAUCCAAUUAUUGGAGUGUACAAAUCAAGUGACCGAUUGUGGUCUCGUAUUGAAGAUGCUUUCAACAAAGAAAAAUUGGAGCAUUGGGAGAUGCGUACUAAGAGAUCUAUGCAAUUCCGACUUGACACUAUCCAAAAAGCAGCAAGAAGACUUCAUGCUUGCAUAAAACAAGUUGAAAAUAUGCAUCAAAGUGGUGCUUCAAAUGAAGAUAUUAUGCUCAAAGCUAAAGUGUUGUUCACAAAAGACACGAAGUUCAAAUCAGGUUGGAAGUUCGAGCAUGUGUGGGAUAUUAUAAAAAAUUUUGAAAAAUUUAAAGAUUGUUCUUCAAGUAGCAGGAGAAAUCCAUCUUUCAACUAUCCCUCUUCCGAGUCAGAAAAUCCAACUCCAGAUUCUGUUGGGCAGGCAUCCCCCAGCGUCUCUUCCUUUUCUCUUAACCUAAACGAUUCAGUAAUUGGUUCUCUGUCAGAAAGACCUAUUGGAGUGAAAAAGGCAAAACUGAAAAGAAAAAGUGAUGAUAAUACAUCAUUGCAUAUAAAUGGUAUGCAGGAAACAAGCGAAAAAAUGGUUGAAGAACUAAGAAGGAUAAAUGAACAAAUGCAAUAUCAUAAUGCAUUGAAAGAGAUAAAGGAAGAAAAUAAAAUUUUAUUGAAAGAUUCGAGUAAAAUUUUAUUGAAAGAGAUCAACCAGAUCCAUUCGCGACGGGCAUGA